AUGGCUCCCCAAAAUGAGCCGAUUGCCAUAGUUGGGAGCGGCUGUCGAUUUCCCGGUGAGGCCUCCUCCCCUUCUAAACUUUGGGAUUUGCUUCGGGAACCGCGCGACGUCCUGAGCAAGAUUGAUCGAUUUAGUGCCGAUGGCUUCUAUAACAAGGACGGCCAUCAUCAUGGCUCCAGUAAUGUCCUCCAUUCAUACCAGCUCAGCGAAGAUACACGCUCCUUUGAUGCGCAGUUCUUCAAUAUCCCGGCAUCCGAGGCCGAGUCCAUGGACCCGCAACAACGCUUCAUCAUGGAGGUAGUUUACGAGGCCCUGGAAUCGGCCGCGAUGAAGAUCGAAGAACUUUCCGGGUCCCCGACAGCUGUCUACGUGGGCGUGAUGUGCAACGAUUACGCGCACAUCACCUAUGCCGAUUUGGAGUCCGUCCCCAAGUACGCUGCCACGGGGACAGCGUUGAGUAUCCUGGCGAAUCGCAUUUCCUACUUCUUCAACUGGACUGGGCCCUCUAUGACGAUCGAUACGGCCUGCUCAUCCAGCCUGGUAGCGCUGCACCAUGCCGUCCAGACUCUCCGGGGCGGGACGUCCAAGGUUGCCGUAGCGGCAGGGACAAACUUGAUCUUUACCCCAACAAACUAUAUCGCAGAAAGCAACGUCAACAUGCUGUCGCCGACAGGGCGGUCCCGCAUGUGGGACGCCAACGCGGAUGGCUACGCUCGCGGUGAGGGCGUUGCAGCCGUCGUUCUGAAGACGCUGAGCCAGGCUGUAGCAGACGGCGAUCGCAUCGAGUGUGUGAUCCGAGAGACUGGCCUGAAUCAGGAUGGACGAACCCCUGGCAUUACCAUGCCGAGCAGCGUGGCGCAAGCGGAGCUCAUUCGAUCGACGUAUGCGCGAGCCGGCCUGGAUGUGACUAGGGAGUCGGACCGCCCGCAGUUCUUUGAAGCCCACGGAACUGGGACCAAGGCUGGUGAUCCUGAGGAAGCCAAAGCUAUAUAUAAGGCCUUCUUUGGGCAGGAGGAUACUAUGGACGCCCGGGACACUCUCUACGUCGGAUCAAUUAAGACAAUCAUCGGACACACAGAAGGCACUGCUGGUCUGGCAGGCCUCCUCAAGGCGUCGCUCGCAGUGCAGAACAAAACGUUGCCGCCGAACAUGCACUUCCACACACUGAACCCUGAAAUUGAGCCGUAUUACGGAAAGCUCCAGAUUCUGACCAGCGUGAAGCCCUGGCCCGCCCUCGCGAGCGGAGUGCCUCGACGUGUGAGUGUAAAUAGCUUCGGGUUCGGCGGUGCUAAUGCACACGCAAUUGUGGAAAGCUAUGAACCAUCGAAUGGCGCUAUCAAAGUCCAAUCCAGCAAGGAGACUGCGAUCCCCUUCACAUUUUCAGGAUACUCUGAGAAGUCUCUGAUGUCGCAACUGACGAGCUUCCUGGAGUACCUUGGCAGCCACCCAGAACCGCGGCUAAGGGACAGCGCGUGGACCCUAUCCCGGCGAUCAGCCUUCUCAACCAGGACGACUGUUUCCGGAACUAGCAUCGAGAGGCUACAGGAAAAGCUACAGUCGAAGAUCGACAGCAAAAUCAAGGAUGGCAAAGCACUCGGUAUUCGAUCAUCGAGCAAGAACGAGAAGAUCCUGGGUGUCUUUACCGGACAGGGCGCCCAAUGGCCAAGGAUGGGAUUGAGGCUCCUCCAGUCAUCAGCCACCGCGAGACGAAUCUUUGACGAUUUGGAGAGGUCGCUCGCUGAGCUUCCCACGGAAGAUCGACCAUCAUGGUCCCUAGUGCAGGAGCUUGAACGGGAAGCCGAGGACUCCCGCGUGAUGGAGGCCGAGUUCUCCCAGGUACUGUGUACGGCUGUACAAGUGAUGCUAGUUGACCUCUUGCACUCCGUUGGGGUCUCGUUUGAUAUUGUUGUGGGCCAUUCGAGUGGCGAGAUCGGGGCUGCAUAUUCUGCUGGUUAUCUCAGUGCACGAGAUGCUAUCCGGAUAGCCUACUAUCGAGGAAAAUUCGGCAAACUUGCUUGCGGCCGCGAUGGAGUCGCAGGAGGAAUGCUGGCCGCUGGAACUGACAUGGCAGAUGCCAAUGAUCUGUGUGAGCUGGACGACUUCGUGGGGCGCCUCCAGCUUGCUGCGAGCAAUUCCUCCUCCAGUGUCACCCUUUCAGGCGAUGCGGAGGCCGUCGCCUGGGCACAAUUUGUCCUAGAAGACGAGAAGAAAUUCGCGCGUUUACUCAAGGUCGAUACAGCAUAUCAUUCCUACCACAUGCAACCAUGCGCUGAGCCCUACAUCGAGGCCAUGAAGAGGGCUGGUAUCCAGGCCCUCAAGCCCCAGUCGGACUGCCGCUGGUUUUCCUCGGUCCUCGAGGGUCAAGAGGUCAGCGCAGCGAUGUCUGCUAGCCUGGCGAAUAGUUACUGGCGGGAUAACCUGCUGCAGCCUGUCAUGUUUUCGCAAGCCUUAGAGCAGGCUGUCUCCAACACGAGCGACAUCGGCCUGGUGCUUGAGGUUGGGCCACAUGCAGCGCUCAGGGGUCCGGCGACGCUGACGAUUAAUGACAAGCUGGGGCGCGAUGUUCCCUAUUUUGGCCUGUUAAGUCGCAAUGCAGACGAUGUAGAAUCGUUCUCAGAUGGGAUCGGUGCAGUCUGGGCCAGUCUGGCCCGAUGCGUGAUUGACUUUACCCGGGUUGAUGCCCUUCUCGCUGACGGUCCAGAAGACCAGCCGCGCCUAUGUGAUAACGUUCCCGGUUACUCGUGGGACCAUCAAAGGACAUACUGGAUGGAGUCUCGAUCGUCCGCAGCCCUGCGGCUGCGACCCGCUGCCCACCAUGAGCUGCUCGGCGUGCGAGUUGACAGUCUGAACCGCGAGUAUCGAUGGAGGAACUUUAUCAAACCAUCCCAGCUUUCCUGGACUCGAGGACAUCAAGUCCAAUCGCAGCUGAUCUUCCCAGGUGCCGGUUUCUCCGUCAUGGCCCUCGAAGCGGCCAAGGCCCUGGCUCCGACCGAGAAGAUCGCAUUGGUCGAGCUGACUGACAUGCAGGUCCUGCGAGCGAUGGCUUUCCAGGACGAGAACACCGCCGUGGAGGUAAUCUGUUCUCUGAGCAAUGUCAUCGAAGACCCUGACCAGGCCAAUCUCACGGCAAACUUUACGUGUGAUAUGUGCUUGUCCAAGGAAUCAGGGUUCGUGAUGGCUGCCUGUGGCGCUGUUCGUCUCCAGCUUGGAGCAGCCUCUUCUCAGCUCCUCCCCGAACGAACCGCCUGCCCAGUGCGUAUGAACGAUGUCAACAUUGAGCAUUUCUACAGCACUCUAUGGGGCCUAGGCUACAACUACACCGACAUGUUCCGUUCGAUCACCUCGUUACAACGUACAACGGACGCAGCUUCGGGCAUCAUUCACACCACGACAGAGCCAGACUAUACGACCUCCCUGACUCUCCAUCCGGCGACUCUCGACGUCGCCUUCCAGGGUAUCUUCGGUGCAAUGGGGGCUCCUGGCGACGGCCGUCUUUGGACGGUGCUCGUGCCGACACGCAUCAAGAGGAUCACAAUUAACCCUGCCGUGUGUGGAGGCACCUCCGGUCUUGGUGUUGACCUUCCAUUCGAUGCGAGCGUUUCUGUCUCUCCGAUCGACGGCGUUGCUGGGGACGUUGAUAUCUUCGAUUCCACCGGUGUCAACAAGGCAGUGCAAGUGGAGGGCCUCCAGGUGGCCCCAUUAGUACCCGUAACGCAGAGUGACGAUCGCGAGGUGUUCUCUGACACGAUCUGGAACUUCCAGGAGCCUGAUGCCGCGCGUGAUGUACCGAAAUGGACGUUGACCGAUGAGGAGUGGGAACAUGCCCGGUAUGUCGAACGGGCUUGUUUCUACUACCUGAAGCAGCUCCACGACACCAUCACAGCGGAAGAGCGCGACCGCUGCGAAUGGCAUCCCCGGAAGAUGCUAGACUGGGCCACGGAGGUGGUAGGCGUAGUUUCCCGUGGAGAGCAUCCCAUCAUCCGGCAAGAGUGGAUGAACGAUACAUGGGAGAUGUUGAAGGGGCCAUUAGAUGAGCUCACGACCAAGUAUGAGGACUUUGAAAGCCUCACCCACGUUGGAAAGAACCUCAUCCCCUUUGUCAAGGGCGAAUUUUCCCUGCUUGAGCUAGUGAGAAACGGGGGCCUCCUGGAGCAUAUCUACCGGAACACAUACGCGUUUUGCGAAUAUAACAAUUAUCUAGCCAACCUGGUAAAGCAGCUUUCUCACCGAUUUCCCCGCAUGGAUAUCUUUGAGAUUGGUGCUGGCACUGGUAGUACCACGGAGGCAGUGUUGCGCGGCAUUGGCGACCACUACUCCUCCUAUACGUAUACUGAUCUGUCCGCCGGGUUCUUCCCCAACGCGCAGGAGACGUUCAAGGAGCACGACGCCAAGAUGAUAUACAAGAUUUAUGAUGCGGAAAAGGAACCCGGCAAGCAGGGAUAUACCGAACGUACCUACGACCUGGUGAUCGCAUCCAACGUGCUGCACGCCACGCAUUCCUUGGAGACAACGUUGACUAAUGCACGGAAGCUCCUCAAACCGGGCGGCUAUCUAGUGAUGCUGGAAGUCACCGAUGUUAACCCCCUCCGGCCGACCUUCUUUUUUGGGUGCCUGCCAGGAUGGUGGGUAGGCGAGAAUGAUGGUCGACCCCAUCAUCCCCUGGUCACGAAGGAGCGUUGGGGCGAGCUGUUUGACCGGACGGGCUUCUCCGGCCUCGACACAUCAACGCCUUCCCAUGAUGUCUUCAUGGCUCCGUUCUCGGUCAUGUUGACCCAGGCUGUCGACCGGCAGAUGGCUCUGAUCCGUCAGCCGCUGCAGGAGGACAACAGGACCACAAUUGAUCAUUUGUUAAUCCUCGGUGGCACCGGAUUCACCUCUUUCAUGCUGAUCGAGGAUGUAAAGCACCAGCUUAAGCGAUACGCCAAGCAUGUCAUUGUUGUGGAGACUCUAGAGGCGCUGGAGGCAUCGCACUUCCAUUCCCGGCAGAUGCUGCUGAGCUUGGUGGAGCUGGAUGCUCCCGUCUUUUCACCGUUCACCCCGGAAAGAUUUGCCGCCCUCCAGAUGUUGACGGAAAAGUGCCGAAACGUUCUGUGGGUGGUCCGGGGCGCUUCCGGUGAGCAGCCCUACGCGAACAUGAUGAACGGCGUGGCACGCUGUCUGGUUGGGGAGCAGCCCGACAUGCGGUUCCAGUUCGUCGACUUCGACAUGGCCGACAAGGUGGACGCAGGUUUCAUUGUCCGAAGUCUGCUGCAACUGCAGAUAUCGGACGCUUGGCAUACGUUCAUCGAGCCAUAUCGGCCUGUUUGGACCUUAGAGCGAGAAGUCCGCUACAUCCAGGGACAGGCGCAUAUCCCCAGGUACUGUCCCAGUCUGCGCCGUAACCUACAAUAUAAUUCAUGGCGACGGACCAUUCGAGAAACAGUUGAUCCCAGUUCAAAAUACGUUAUCCUCACGCAUGCGAAUGGCUACUAUGAUCUAGAGGAGGAUAACUCACCCAGGCCGGAUCCUACGGCCGAGGAUGAUCGGAUGGCAAUCAACGUAUCUCGAUCAUCCACUGUGGCCGUUGAAAUUGACGGAAUUGGGCACCUUUACAUUCUGACUGGGGAGUGUGAACUAUCGGGUCAGCGAGUCCUUGCUUUCUCUUCUCACAACGCCUCCAGAGUCCAGGUCAAGAAGGAUUGGGUCGUCAGCAUCGGAAUCCUGUCUUCCGACGAGCCCGCACUUAUCCAGAUGGUGACAAAUGUGUGUCUGGGCACAAUGCUGCUUAAUCAAACACCGCGGAAUGGCUCCUUGCUGGUCUAUGAGCCUACCGUGGCGUUGGCUCGGAUUUUGACUGCCCUCACAUCGGCGGAAGAGCCUGGCCGUGUCCUGUUUACCACAACAAACCGGGCGAAGCUUGACUCCGGAGUGGCCUUCUCGUUCAUUCACCCUUCCAGUCCGGAUUCUUCUAUCGCUCGCUGGGUGCCAGCGGGCGUUGCAGGGUUCGUGGAUGCAUCCGGAGGACGGAAGGAACAGAACAUGGCUGCUCGUUUCGCGCGGCAUCUCUCCUCUCAGUGCAGAGUCAUUUCAAUGGAAGGGUUCUACAGUAAUUCCUCCCACCAGUGGGGUAAUGCUGGCGGGAAUAGUCUGUCAGCCCUUCUCCAGCAUAGUACAGGCUUGUUCACUCAAGGCUACAAGCAAUGUAAACAAAACCAGGUUCAGGAGCUUUCUCUUGAUGAUGUGAUAGGUGCUUCCACAGAGCACAAGGAGAUCAGGAUCCUGAACUGGAAGAGCCAGAGUAAGGCCCUAGUGAAGCUUUCGCCCGUGCAAGACGAGAUCACCUUUAAGGGUGAUCGCACCUACCUUUUGGUUGGCCUCACCGGUGAACUGGGAAGAUCGCUGUGCCACUGGAUGGUACAGCGUGGCGCUCGAUAUGUGGUCCUUACGAGUCGUAAACCAGACGUCGAACCAGCGUGGCUUGAGCUGAUGCAGUCCUACGGUGCCCACAUCGAAGUCAUGGCGAUGGAUGCGACGGACCGGAAAUCCACAUACAACACCGUGCGAAAAGUUCAGCAGACCCUACCUCCUGUGGCUGGCGUGGGUAACGGUGCCAUGGUUCUCAAUGAUGGUCUGUUCAACGUGAUAUCGCACCAGGACUUCAACCAGACACUCCGCCCCAAGGUCGACGGCACCACCUACCUUAACGAGCUCUUCCAGUCCCCAGAUCUAGAUUUCUUUAUUGUUUUCUCCUCCCUAGCCUACGUGACAGGUAACUUCGGCCAAACAAGCUACGCGGCAGCAAAUGCAUUCAUGGCCAGUCUGGUGGAGGGCCGCAAAAGACGAGGACUGCCAGGCAGUGUGAUGAAUCUGGCUGGCAUCUUCGGGCUGGGAUACAUCACUCGAACAGACCGCAGCAUCCUAGAGCGUCUAGGAAAGCUAGGCUAUGCCAACAUCUCCGAGUACGACUUCCACCAGUUCUUCGCGGAAGCUGUGCUGUCUGGGGUCCCCGGCUCCGGACGAUGUCACGAGAUCUCUUCGGCCCUCCGCCCUAUUGACCCUGACGGAGAAACGAACCCUCCGGCCUGGCUGGACAUGCCCCGUCUAUCCUAUUACCGGCAUACGAAGCAUGCCUUCACUGAGUCGGGGGACACCAAGUCACUAUCGGUGCGGUCCCAGUUGAAGGAACAGACCACUAUGGAAGAUGUACAAAGGGUUCUCACCAAUGGCUUGAUAUUGACUCUGUACAAGCAGCUCGGUCUGGAUCCCGAGGACGAUGCUAUCUCACCUGACACUAGUCUUGUCGAACUUGGUAUCGACUCGCUCGUAGCGGUGGAUAUGCGGGUGUGGUUCACGAAGGAGUUGGAUCUCGACAUGCCGGUGCUGAAACUGCUUGGUGGCGCCACAGUGGCAGCGAUGGUUGAGGAUACCAUGGAACGCAUGUCUCCGGAUUUGAUUCCCAACGUGGCGCAGAAGGAUGUCACUGUCGCCGCCGACAGACCAAGUGCUCCUGGCGAUGGCGUUCCGGUCGUAGGGAGAAGUACUGCGGUAUCUGCAACAGAGCACAACUCAGAAGAGCAAGAGAACCACGCAAUGGAAACCCAGGAGCUGGACGAGUCCACCACUUCCGGCGGCGAGUGCAGCUCGACAAAGGAGUCCUCGUCAUCCGAGGCCACCCCCCCACCGAGUUCCGUUAUGUCAGAGGACCUGGCUAAGGUUGAGGAGACUGCCUCCAUUGACGGACCAAAGUACGUAAGAAAGGUCAAGAUGGGAUACGGCUCGCUCCAAUUUUUCUUCCUCGUUAAGCACCUCGACGAUCCCACAGUCCUAAACAUGCAGUUUCGCCUUCCCCUCCAGGGGUCGAUCAAAAUCCCAGAUCUGAAAUAUGCAGUGAAGAUGCUUGGCCAGAGACACGAAGCCCUGAGAACAGCCUUCUUCGUGGAUACUGAGAACGACGACGAGCCCACGCAAGGUGUCUUAGAGACAUCACCCCUGCAACUGGAGACAAUGCAGGUCGCAGACUCCAAAGAGGCCCGACGAGUGUGCGAAGACGUCCAGAAGUACGUGUUUAAUAUUGAGUCGGGAGAGACCAUCCGCAUUCUUCUGCUUUCUAUCACUCCUUCUUCUCAUUGGCUAGUUCUCUCCUUCCACCAUAUCAGCAUCGAUGGCUUCAGCUUUAACAUCUUACUCGACGAGAUUAAUGCCUUAUACCAAGGUCAACAUUUGCCACCGGUCAAGACACAGUUCACCGAUGUCAUGUGCAAACAGCGUCAGGAUCUACAGGCUGGGUUCAGACGCUCCGAAUUAGCCUAUUGGCAGCAGGUCCUGGGCAAGAUCCCAGAUCCCAUCCCUCUAUUCCCCGUCGCCAAGCUCAGUUCUCGACUCCCAGUGACGAGGUACCAUUUCGAAGAGGCCCCAAUGGCCUCAAUCGAUGCCGCCACCGCGGAGCAAAUCAGAAAGCAAUGCCGUGCUCUCAAGGCGACGCGGUUCCACUUUUUCAUGACGGUCCUGCGUAUCUUCCUCUUUGCUUUCCUAGACACAGACGAGCUCUGCAUUGGCUUUGCGGACGCCAGUCGGGCGGAUUCUGGCGUGUCACGUACUGUCGGCUACCUGGUUAACAUGCUUUCCCUCAAGUUUCAAAGGAAGCCCAGCCAAACCUUUGCGCAGAAAGUAGAGGAGGCCCGCAAGCAGUCAUACGCGGCUCUCGCCAACUCGACCGUUCCUUUCAACGCACUGCUGGAGAAGCUAGAGCCGCCACGAUCUGCUGCCUAUACUCCCGUUUUUCAGGUCUUUAUGGAUUACCUUCAGCACAAGUUCACUGCCCCCAAGGGCCUAGGGGUUGUAGAGGAGCAAGUAUACGCUCAUCUGACCCAUAAUUUCUUUGACCUCGCCGUCGAUAUCAACGAUGUGUCUGCCAGUGAGAUUCUGGUUCGAUUCCGUAUGCAGCAAUAUCUUUACUCCGCAAGCAGCGUCUCUCUCCUCCUGAAAAGCUAUGUGCAGCUGGUUAAAAUGUGUGCGUAUAUGGAGCCUAACAAGGCCAUUGGGGAGCCAGUUCCCUAUGACGCCCAGGAUAUCGAGCGGGCUAUUAGCCUUGGACAAGGCCCCGUUGUCUCCUCGCAGUGGCCCUCCACUCCCAUCGAGCGGAUACUGGAUGUGGCCCAAGCUCGACCAGAGGCUCCUGCCCUAGUCGACGGCGAAGGCACCAGACUAAGCUACAUGGAAAUGAUCGAUCGUGCUCACUCGAUUGCUGGUUGCCUCCUCACAGCAGGGGUAGCUGAAGGUAGUACCGUGGGCAUAUACCAGGAACCCACGGCAGACUCCAUCUGCUCCCUUUUGGCGAUCUGGAUAAUCGGUGCUGUGUAUUUGCCCCUUGAUAGACGCGUGCCAUGCUCUCGACUCUCUAGUAUCGUUCAGGAUUGCCAGCCCUCUGCUAUUCUUUGUCACGAGCGAACUCUUUCUGAUACCCCCUACCUCGAAGCCACAAAGCAGACCGCUAUCAUCACGGUGCCCGUCAACGUAGCAGGAAUUGAGGCGGCGCCAGUCCCAUUGAACACUGGUAACGGAGACCAAACCAGCAUUAUCCUCUAUACGAGCGGGUCAACCGGUGUUCCUAAAGGUCUCCCAAUCCGACACGUCAGUCUUCUCAAUCAGAUCGAGGCCAUGACAACCACUUUCGGUGUUGGGGCCGAAAUGGUGCUGCAACAGAGUGCACCCAGUUUCGACGUCUCCAUGCAGCAGAUCCUGAUGGCGCUGUGCAAUGGGGGAGCGCUCUACGUGGUGCCGAACGAGACACGCCUGGAUCCGGUCACAAUCACCAGACUCAUAGCGUCUGAGAAAAUCACUUGGGUUCACGCUACUCCAUCCGAGUUCACACAGUGGCUUCGUCACGGAUCAGCACAUCUCAGUGCCGCCAAGGAUUGGAAGUUUGCCUUUUCUUCCGGGGAAGCUCUCUCCAGCGACCUGGUCAAGGGUUUUGAAGCGCUACGUCGGCCGGAUGUCAAACUCAUCAACGUGUACGGUCCUGCAGAGGCUGGCGUCAUCACAGGGACAGAAAUCGAUCCCACCCACGUGUCAGCUGAACCGAGAAGCCCCAUCUCCCUUGGAUCUCCGCUAGCGAACAUCGCAGUUUACGUGGUGGACCGAAACCUCCGACCAGUGCCGGUAGGGGUAAGUGGCGAAAUUGUCGUUGCAGGCGCAGGCAACAUAUCAGGCUAUCUUAACCGGUUCGAGUUGACGGCUAAGCUCUUCCUCCCCGAUACUAUAACCCCUAGGGGAUACUACCCCGGUCAGCUCGCCACACUCUAUCGGUCGGGUGAUAUUGGUCGUUACAGGCCCGAUGGCCAGCUCUACUAUGAAGGCCGCAUCGCGGGCGACACGCAGGUCAAACUCAACGGCAUCCGUAUCGACCUGAAGGAUGUGGAAUCCGCCAUAUUGGAAACCUCGGGCGGCGAGAUCUUGAACGCCAUCGUCACUGACCGGAGAAGCCCUGACUUCCUAGUUGCACAUGUCGAACUCAAGGCCGACUUCCCUGAGGCGGAGCGUAAGAACUUCCUGACCUAUAUUCAGCAAUGUCUACCACUACCCAAGUAUAUGUGUCCUGCCAUGUUCAUCCCUCUGGACCAUGUACCUCUCAACUCCCAUGGCAAGCUGGAUCGUCGAGCGAUUGCCGCACGGCCCUUGCCCACAGUCGACGGGGAUGAUCAACAGGGUGAUGCUGAUCUCAGCGAGACCGAGCUGGCGUUGCGAGAGCUCUGGACUGGCUGCCUUCCAGAGGAUGUCGUGAAGCUGACCAGCAUUUCCGCCACCACCGACUUCUUCCACCUGGGUGGCAACUCGUACCUGCUCGUGCGCCUCCAACGACUCAUCCGAGACCGAUUCAACGUAUCUGUCCCAGUUAUGGCGCUUUACGACGCCAGCACAUUGAUGGCAAUGGCUCUCAAGAUCAGGAACAGUCAAUCACUGGCGGUAAUCGACUGGGACACUGAGACUUCGGUGGCACAGAGCCUUGGGGCCAGCCCAUGCGCUGAACAGCCCACUGCGCCUCGCAAGACCACUGAUCUCACCGUCGUCCUUACGGGGGCGACCGGCUAUCUCGGUUCUCGCAUCAUGAAAGCGCUCAUCGCAAGCGAACAGGUCUCUCAAAUCCACUGUGUCGCAGUUCGUGGUCACUCUGCCGGCGUUCCUCGCGAGUUGGCGCACAGCUCCGACAAGUUGAUUCUGCACGGUGGCCACCUUGAAGACCCUCUCCUCGGGAUGUCCGAGGAGGAGUUUACGUUUGUUGCUCGUGAAACGGACUUGGUGAUCCACAGCGGCGCCAACCGUUCAUUCUGGGACCACUACGAGAGGCUGCGGGGACCGAAUGUCCUGUCCACCAAAACCCUGGUUGAUUUGGCGUUGCAAAACCAGGCCCCCCUGCACUUCAUCUCCAGCGGUGGGGUACAUCUCCUUUGUUCCGGUGAGGACUACGCAGCGGAAUCUCUGGCAUCGUACUUGCCGCCCACCGAUGGAUCCAACGGUUAUAUCGCGUCCAAGUGGGCGUCAGAAGUGUAUUUGGAGAAGGCCGCCCAGAAAACAAGCCUCCCGGUGUAUGUUCACCGGCUGACUCCGGCUCCUGAUGUCACUCCGGAUGCACCGAUGGAGCUCUUGGAAGAGAUGUCGGCUCUUGCAGUAAAACUACAGGCUCUCCCGUCACCCAGUGGCUGGACAGGUACGUUUGACUUAACGCCAGCGGAAGCACUCGCAACCGGUAUUGCUGCCGCUGCAGUUGGCGCCCAGGCACCGAUGUUAGAAUCCCACCAGAGCGCUCGAUUCAUUCACCACCCCUCACAGGUCAAGAUGACCAUGGACCAUGUGGCUAAGUACCUCGACAUGCUUCCUUCCGCCGAGAGUUUUGAGCGACUGCCCCCUCUGCAGUGGGCGGGACGAGCCAAGCGUGAAGGACUCACCUGGCAUUUCUCCAGCACGGACUUUAUCACCAUGGGAGGUGUGAGCGGAUUGGAACUGCGGAGGUGA